AUGGGUCAUCUUCGCUCUCCCUCCAAACCACGCGUCUUCCCUAGUUCAGGGUGGGACAUUAUCGACCCUUCCAUCCCCGUCGAAGAAGAGUCAAUCCCCACCUACAGACCCGAAAAAUUCUACCCCGUGUAUAUUGGUGAGGUAUUCAACCAUCGAUACCAAGUACUGGGCAAGUUGGGAUAUGGAUCCAGUGCGACAGUGUGGCUAGGCCGUGAUUUAUUUGAUGACCGCUAUGUAGCAUUGAAGAUUUACACGGUGUCAACAACAGUGACCCGAGAGAUCGAAAUUUACAACCAUCUCAGAGCUAUCGGAUCCGACCAUGCCGGCCAGACUUGCCUACGACCCUUGAUUGACAUGUUUCACAUCCAUAGUCCCGAUGGGAAUAGUGUUCAUACUUGUCUGGUGCAUCCGCCCCUUGGGAUCAGCCUCGACCAGCUCACUCAGCUCCUCCCCGAUGGAGUGAUGAGUAGUGCCAUGGUUAGAACUACCAUCCGCAAUGUCCUUGCCGCUCUGGACUUCCUCCAUACAGAGGCACGGGUUAUACAUACCGAUCUACAACCAAAUAAUAUUCUCCUCGGCAUCAAAGAUGACUCAAUAUUAUCCAAAUUCGAACAGGCUGAGUUCGACAUGCCUGUGCCGCGAAAAAUCUUAGAGGAUCGCACUAUUUACUUAUCACGACCCCUCUCUGUCUCUUAUGGGACUCCCGUUCUCUGUGAUUUGGGCGAGGCUCGAUUAGCCACCAAUGACCAGGAGGGCGACAUCAUGCCAGAUAUCUAUAGGGCACCGGAGGUCAUUCUAAACAUGACUUGGGACCACAAAGUUGACAUCUGGAGUGUUGGCAUGUUGAUCUGGGAUCUUUUUGAGCGUCGCCACCUUUUCAGGGCUCGAAAUCCCGCACGUGAACUUGAUGAUGGGUAUCAUCUUGCCGAAAUGCAGGCAGUCCUGGGAAGCCCUCCUCUCAAACUCCUCGGUCGGAGCGAAAGGAGCCACCAGUUUUGGGAUGAAAAAGGUAAUUGGAAAGGUGCAGCUCCAGUGCCAGAAUCCAACCUCGAGGCGCUAGAAGAGAGACUCAAAGGUGAUGAAAAAUGGGACUUUUUACGUUUUCUUCGGCGAAUGCUAUGUUGGCUCCCAGAAGAAAGAGCGUCCGCUAAAGAGCUGCUUUUUGAUCCUUGGUUAAUGCGUGGCCUCUUUAAAUGA